AUGACUGGCGCUUCCACCGAAGAGCCUUUGCUCAAGGAGUCCAUCCGCCGCUUCGUCCUGUUCCCCAUUCAAUACCCUGAGAUCUGGCAAAUGUACAAGAAGGCUGAGGCGUCGUUCUGGACCGCUGAGGAGAUGGACCUGUCCAAGGACCUCCACGACUGGCAGAACCGGAUGAACGACAACGAGCGCCACUUCAUCUCCCACGUCCUCGCCUUCUUCGCCGCCUCCGACGGUAUCGUCAACGAGAACCUCCUCGAGCGUUUCUCUGGCGAGGUCCAAGUCCCCGAGGCCCGCUGCUUCUACGGCUUCCAGAUCAUGAUGGAGAACAUCCACUCCGAGACCUACUCCCUUCUCAUUGACACCUACAUCCGCGAGGCCGCCGAGCGCGAGCACCUCUUCAACGCCGUCGAGACCAUCCCCUGUGUCGCGCGCAAGGCUCAGUGGGCUCUCCGGUGGAUCAAUGACGACCGCUCCUCCUUCGGCAUCCGUCUCGUUGCCUUCGCCGCCGUCGAGGGUAUCUUCUUCUCCGGCAGCUUUGCCAGCAUCUUCUGGCUCAAGAAGCGCGGUCUCAUGCCCGGUCUCACCUUCUCCAACGAGCUCAUCACUCGCGACGAGGGGAUGCACACCGACUUUGCCUGCCUGCUGUUCGCCCACCUCCGCCGUCGCCCCCACCCCGAUGUUGUCCGCCGCAUCAUCAUGGAGGCUGUCACGAUCGAGCAGGAGUUCUUGACUGAUGCGCUGCCCGUCAGCCUCAUCGGCAUGAACUCGACGCUCAUGUGCCAGUACAUCGAGUUCGUCGCCGACCGCCUGCUCGUCGCCCUAGGGAACGAGAAGGUGUACAACGUGACGAACCCGUUCGACUUCAUGGACAUGAUCUCGCUCCAGGGCAAGACCAACUUCUUUGAGAAGCGUGUGUCGGACUACAAGAUGGCGGCCGUGAACAACACGGGCGAGGUCAAGUCGUCUGGGAAGACUUUCGUCCUCGACGAGGACUUCUAG